AUGAUAGAAGUGGUGUCUUGCAGCAGGCAGGGACGUUUGUCUUUAAAGGGAAUCAACUUCUGUAUGCAAGGAAGGAUGAAGGGACUGGGGACCCUGCUCCCUUGGAUGAUAUCUUUGAUAUCUGCUGCAAACUGCUACUGUUCGAGGAAGGAUGAGGGGACCGGUUGUCUUACUUCCUUGGAGGAUGCUCAAAUUCUUCCACUGCAACUUGACUACUGUUUAGAACUGUUCGUGUGGAUUGGCAAUUUUAAAAAUUAUCAAUAUCAAUACCUACAAGAAAAGUCGCGAGUUUCUGAUUUGUAG